CAUGCUGCUAUGAGGCAGGCGGUGGGCGCCGGUGACGAGGGGCUGUCGCGGAAGGUCGCCGUGGCGGCCGGGGACGCCGACGGGGCGACGGCCGCGCGCCGUCGCCGCCGGCUCGAGCUCCGGCCGCACGGGCGGAAGGUGGCGUCGGGCGAGGACGAGCCGGCGAAGAAGGCCACGGACGGGUCCAAGUCCGAGUCCUCCGCGGACGUGGGCCGCGGGAUCUGGCUGCCCGCGUGCCUGUCGCACGGCGCGGUGUCCGUGAUCGGCCGGCGCCGGGAGAUGGAGGACGCCGUGGCCGUCGAGCGCACCUUCCUGGCCUCCUCGCCGGACGCGUGCGGGGGAGGCGACGAGGGCAGCGGCGGGGAGGAGGACUUCUUCGCGGUGUACGACGGCCACGGCGGGGCGCGGGUGGCGGAGGCGUGCCGGGAGCGGAUGCACGUGGUGCUGGCGGAGGAGGUGGAGCGGCUGCGGUGCCGCCCCGGCGCGCGCGGCUGGAAGGAGGCCCUGGAGGCCAGCUUCGCGAGGGUGGACGGCGAGGUCGUGGCCGGCGCGGGCGCCGACGACGACGAGGAGUCGCGCUCCCGCACCGUGGGGUCGACCGCCGUGGUGGCCGUGGUGGGGCGCCGUCGCAUCGUCGUCGCCAACUGCGGCGACUCGCGCGCCGUGCUGUCCCGCGGUGGCGUGGCCGUGCCGCUCUCCACUGACCACAAGCCAGAUCGACCGGACGAGUUGCAGAGGGUGGAAGCGGCUGGCGGCAGGGUGAUCAACUGGAACGGGUCCCGUGUCCUAGGGGUCCUAUCCACCUCCAGAUCCAUUGGGGACUACUACCUGAAGCCGUACGUGAGCGCGGAGCCGGAGGUGACGGCGGUGGAGAGGACGGGCAAGGACGAGUUCCUGGUGCUGGCCAGUGACGGGCUGUGGGACGUGGUGUCCAACGACGAGGCGUGCCGGGUGGCGCGGAGCUGUCUCACCGGCCGUGCCGCCGCCGUGUUCCCGGAGUCUGUGGCCGGGCGCAGCGCCGCCGACGCCGCCGCGCUGCUCGCCGAGCUCGCCAUCACCCGCGGCAGCAAGGACAACAUCAGCGUCGUCGUGGUUGAGCUGAAGCGGCUCAAGAGCAGGGUAGGGCGUCGAGCCAUCGGAGGCGAGGUGCAGUUGUAGGAGCUUAAGUUAAUUUAGCUGUUGUAGGCACGCGCGCGUGCACUAGCUGGUAAGUAGUCUGUACAUUACGGCGACAUUUAUUCGGGCUGGGAAAAGAUCUCCGGCCGAUCACCGUCCGGACCUCAACUCCGGCGAUCGAUGAGCGGGUGUGAAAGAAAAUUGUCCAACGUUUUUCGCUAAUUUUAUACAAGCUGUAGUCGUUGCUCAGGCAGUGAGCAGCAGGGACGUUCUCACGUUGAGAGGAGAGGCAGCGACUGGCCCUGGUUUUCAGUUCAAAAAUUCAAAACUGAACCUGUUGAUUCAGCGACAUUUACUCGGGCCUGCCAGGCCGGGAAAAGAUCUUCGGCCGCCGCCUACAUAGAGCUAAAACUAAGAUCGAAGAUCACAGCGACGAUGACAAGUGUAAGAUAUGUUGUGCAACUUUAUUUUAAUUUUUUUGAAAAAAGGGCAAAAGCUUUGUCACUUAUCAUUAUUUAAUAAUAAUGGAGUUUAGAAAUGAACAUAACAACGCCGAUGACAAGUACAUGCAGGAUAUGUUGUGCAACUCAUUGUAUUUUAUUUUUUUUAAACGAGGGCAAAAGCUUUGUCACUUCUCAUGAUUAAGAAAGAGUUUAGACAUGAACAUAACAACGCCCAAAGGCGGUGGAAACAGCAAGAUCCUACUGUAACGGCAUAUAAUGUAACUCAAGUGCUUGGGCCUCGUCGGUGGACCAAUAUCCGGCUGCUUCUUUAAUCUUAGCAACAAGCAUAGGUGGCACUGUAGAGUGAUUCCAAAAUACCUGCACUUCUUUUUCUUUCAA